AUGGUGUUCACCCUGCAGAAGCCAGAAUCCACUCUCCUGCUUGCUUUUCAGCUGGCGGGGUCGGCUGUCAUCGCCUUUGGACUAUGGUUUCGGUUCGGAGGCACCAUGAAGGAUUUCUCGUCAGGGGACAAGUCCCCAGAGUACUUCUACGUGGGGCUCUACGUGCUGGUGGGAGCAGGGGCCCUGAUGAUGGCCGUGGGCUUCUUCGGGUGCUGCGGAGCCAUGCGGGAGUCACAGUGUGUGCUCGGAUCUUUUUUCACCUGCCUGCUGGUGAUAUUUGCUGCUGAAGUAACCACUGGAGUGUUUGCUUUCAUAGGCAAGGAUAUAGCUAUCCGACAUGUUCAGACCAUGUAUGAAGAGGCUUAUAAUGAUUACCUUAAAGACAGGGGAAGGGGAAACGGGACUCUCAUUACCUUCCACUCAGCAUUUCAGUGCUGCGGAAAAGAAAGUUCUGAACAGGUCCAACCCACAUGCCCAAAGGAGCUUCUGGGACACAAGAACUGCAUUGAUGAAAUUGAGACCAUAAUCAGUGUUAAGCUCCAGCUCAUCGGAAUUGUCGGUAUUGGAAUUGCAGGUCUCACGAUCUUCGGCAUGAUAUUCAGCAUGGUCCUUUGUUGCGCGAUACGAAACUCACGAGAUGUGAUAUGAAGCCACUUCUACGUGAAAAUUUCAAUCUAGAGCUUUCAUAUAAAUGUCACAGGAGCUGUCUCCUGGCUCGUUUUUAAUAUUCAAAGGACAUUAGGAUCUAAAAUAAUUUGCUGUCGAUUGUACAUUUGCACAUGUAUGUAUGCUUGGCUCGUACUGAUUUACCCCUCGAGUGAAUGCCUAUGUAUGUUGACUGAGAGCAUGUUCGUGUGUGACCUAUGUGCUUCCAGUAUAUGCAUUAUACAGAAUGAAAUCAGUUUGCUGGGAAUUCCUGAUUCUUGUUACAUAGUGAAAGGAACAACCUGUUUAUCUCUCAGAAAAAGGUCAAAAGCUUUGAGAAACUUAAACACUUGGCUAUGCAUAAAAAAGUAAUAAUGGAUCGGUUUCUCAGAGUCUAGCCACAGAAAAUUAGGUACAGAGAAUCCAGGGAUUUCUAGUUAACAGAAGCAAUAAGCUAUGGGAAUGGAGAGAUCACAGUGUAGUGCUAAAAUUGACUAUGUCUGAGGAGAGUGUAAGGGUUCCUGGGAUUUUUUUAUAUACAUACUCUCCCCUGAAUACAGUAAACCACAGUUUUAGAACUAAAUACAUCUGUAAAACUAAAUAUAGCAUGGAAAAUCUAAUUUGAAUAAGUCAUACUUUCCUAGUAUUUAAAAACCUCCCUCUGGAAAGAGUGGUCACACAGACAAUCAUGUGUCCUAUAAAAGCAAGUGUUUUAAGGACUAAAAAAAAACAAAAAACUUUUAACUACUUUUUAAGAAAAUAUUUUUGUCCUCCUAUAAAGAUGUUUAAAUAUCGCUUUAUUACUUUUUUUCUGACGCUGCUUUGAACUACUGCAACCCUCACAUCCACAAAAAAGCUUUUAUCUCCAGAUUGUAUUUCUCCAUAUGCAAGGCUAGGAAGACUAAAGUAAGAUACCUGGCAGUUGGACAUUGUGGGAAAGAGAACUUUUACUGGCACUGUAUCUUUAAAAUACCUCAUAACUUGAGUUUACAUAUUUUCCUAUUUUUCUUAUUUAUUCAUCUAGAGAAUUCUUCAUAGAUUAAGAACUACAGUUUUCACCAUUUAAAAUGAAUAAAACAAAAUCCUAAGUUACAUAUUAUAUCAUGAGUGUCCUUGGCCAAUCCAAC